AGCUGGAGCUGCGCGCGCAGCCGAGGGAGCGGGCGGCCGGGCUGCAGCGGCCGGUCCUUCUCCGGCCGGUCCUUCUCCGGUCCCGCCGCGAUGUCUUCAGGCAGCGUGACGGCCCUGUGGGGAACGUGUUCCGCCUAGCCAGCUGAGCCCAGGUGUCCCAGCGGGUUUCAGCUCUUCUACCCAUGGCCUCCUGUUCCCAUUGACAAGACCAGCAAGCCACCCAACACGCCCUAAAACGUCCCUGUGCUCACGCCGAGCCAUGGAGGGCCCUGACGUGCCGGUGGGGUCCUUGAUCGACUUCGGAGAGGAGUUGCCCCCUCCCACGGCGCUGGGGUCCCCACCCCUGAACCCCAGUAGUGGGGGCGGAUCCCUGGGAGAUGCAGCUUCUGAGAGCGAUGCCACGGAAUCUGCGGACAGCGAGAACGACAUGGGAGACUCCCCCAUGCACCCCAGCUGGGAUCGUUACCACCGGUCAUCAUCCAACGACUCCUUCUCUUCCAAUCAGAGCACGGAGUCAGCCCAGGACGAGGAGACCCUGGGGCUCCGGGAGUUCAUGCGGCACUACGUGGAGAAGGUCUUCUCUGGGGUGGAGGACCUGGACCAGGAAGAGAAAGCCAAGUUUGGGGAGCUGUGCAGCAGUGAAAACGGGAAAGGCCGGGAAUGGUUUGCCCGCUAUGUGAGCGCUCAGCGCUGCAAUUCCAAGUGCGUCUCGGAGCAGACCUUCUAUCGGCUGGUCCAGUCCUUCGCAGUGGUGCUGUUUGAGUGUCACCAGAUGGAUGACUUUGGCCCAGCUAAGAAUCUAAUGACCAUGUGUUUCACCUACUACCACAUUGGUAAAGCUCACAUGCUACCCCCAGAGUCGAAGGAAAAGCCCACCGGCAGCAUUGAUUCAUACCUGAAGUCAGCUAAUAGCUGGCUAGCUGAGAAGAAGGACAUUGCGGAGCGGCUCCUGAAGAAUACGUCAGCUAAGACUGAGAACGUGAAAGGCUUCUUUGGGGGCCUGGAAACCAAGCUGAAGGGACCCCUGGCCAAGAAAAAUGAGGAAGAUGAAGACAGAACAAAGGAGAAGCCUCAGAAGACUGUGACCAUGGACAGCCUGGAAGAGGAGAAGAAGGGGGAGAAGAUCUACCUGUACACACACCUGAAGCAGCAGCCCAUCUGGCACACUCUGAGGUUCUGGAACGCGGCUUUUUUUGACGCCGUCCAUUGCGAGAGAAGAAAGCGGUCUCCCACGACCAGAGGGAAUGCUGGAGAGGAAGAGGAAAAGAGGGAGAAGUGGUGUCACAUGACUCAAGAGGAGCGCGACGACAGCCUCCGGUUCAAUGAGAACAUCACCUUUGGUCAGCUUGGCACUUUCACUCACAACAUGCUGGCUUUCGGGCUGAAUAAGAAGCUGUGUAAUGACUUUUUGAAGAAGCAGGCCGUGAUCGGCAAUCUGGAUGAAGAGCAAUACAAGCUACUCAGCGAUCACAUCGAGCAGAUGGCACUGGAAUAGCCCCACCCCAAAUCACGUCCACAGCAUCUGGUGAAGGAGAAGUGGGGGUGGACCUUCUCCUCCAAGGCCAUCUGAAAUCGGCCAUCGGCUACUAGCACCAUUGCAAUAAACCUGCAUGACUGUCAACAAGCCACCCUGUCCUGCCAGUAGAACUAGGAGUUCAGAGGAACUCUCCUGUUCUUCCCCGCCUUGAUGCUUCCUCCUAAAUUCUUCCCCCCACCUUGUUUGUUAUUUUUACACACACACACACAUUCCUCCUUCUGUGUAGAAGGCGGAGUUGAUUCUCUACAUAGAGGAGGUUGGGACAGACUAGGAAGGUUCCUAUGCUGGUGGUGCUCAUCUGGAAGGCUUCAGCCAGAAAGGCUGUAAUGGAAACGUGGAAGCAUAUGGAAGCAUAGACGGCUAAAUGUAGAAAACCAGGUUUGAGGGAUUCAAUUUAGCACAGGAGGAAGGGCCAGGUCAGAGAUAAGGCUUCUGGCCCACCCCUUUGGUACAGCAAUCUUCACUGCUCUCUGGGACCCAGAGAGGAGACUUCAUCAGCCAAUGAGUUCCAUGCAGCUUCAUCCCCUGGGGUCUUGGAUGAAGAUGCCGCUUCCUCCUCUGAGCCGUCUCUGACAAGUGGUCAGAGAACCCCUGAGCCCUGCUUUCUUGCCAGCUGCUCACCUUUGCCUUCCCCCUGUCCCCUCAUCCCCUCUCCCCAACCAACCCAUUCGAUCCCCUCUGUCCCAGAAAGGAAUGUGGAGACGUGGCAGCUGAAAAUGUGUUUAACUGCAUGUGGUAAAAACUGGAACCGGGACUGUGGCAAGAGGACAACGUGGGUGUGUGAAUGUAACAGGAGAGUAUCCGUGGAAGGGAGGAAGAUGUUACCCCACUUUGUGGCAACACCGUUAGCAGGUGGCUCCUCUUUUUAGGGAGCUGAGGAGAGCAGAGGGUAGUUAAUUGGUUAAUGGUCACCUUUGGAGGCUUUUUCUACAGGAGACACAUGGGCUUGGCAAGAGGUGGUCCCUGCCCUUCAGCACUUGGGAACUCUGUUCACUGUGGCGAUGACGCCCGGAACCGGGUUGAACUUGGAUGCUGGGUACAUAGGUUAAAUCUGUCAAUGCAAGAGAGUUUACAGAGAAAGCUGCCGUGAGUAGUGAUUGAGGGUCCAGAGCGCUAUGAGCCAGGAGCUGGAGAUAGAUGAGGGGUCCAGCCUGGGACUGGUGGAGCUCUUACAGUAUUUCUGGGACCACAGGAUUCAAGGGGGAACUCACCCCAGGGAGAGGUUAAAGCUGAUCUCCUGGUAUUGUGUGUGUACACACAAUUGUGUGCCCUCAUCCUCUCCCCCUCACAGCCCCCCGUCGUGUAGAAGUGUUACAAAUGGGCACCAUCUGUGAUUGUGGCAGCUCAGCCGUACCAAGAAGCACUGCCUCGCCCAUUCAACCUGGCGCCUCCCUGUAGCCCGCCUCUUUUCACUGCCUUCCAGGGUUUCUGCAAACCUGCCUAGUUCCAGAUUUAAUCCCACGAACCAUUGCUCCCAGCUGCCUCCUUGUCUGUACCAGGUGCUCGGGAUCAGAGCAAGGUGGAAUGAUCAUUUGUCUAAUGCCACUUACCGAAUCAUUUCUUUCAGAAGUCCCAUCUGUAUCCUCCAGGAUGCUGUAGCUCAAAGACCCUUUUAGUUUCUCUGUAAGUAUUUGAUUCUUGUCAGAAACACAACUCCCCAUCUUUUCCUUGGGACAAAGGUCCAAGAUAGACUAGCUCAUAGGCUGUCUCCUGCACACUUCAACAGUGGUCAGAGCCAACAGUGCUCUGUAACCUUUCCUGGUCCUUCUCUCUGUCUCUUCUCCCUGGCCCCUCCCCGCCCUCACAUGAUGUCCAUCAGAUAUGUCAGGCAGUUAGUCCAGGCAUCUCCAUAUCCUCCCUGGCCCAGUGGCAGUGACUAUAUCUCAGUGACUUGCCAAGCCUGGUGGAGCAAUGGGUUAUAGAGAGUGGAUUUAGGAAAUCAGGUGAUCUUGGUUACCAGUGACUCAUUGGCAUGGGCCCUUGCAAGAAAUUAGUGGGUGGAGGACGGGGGCUUUGUGAUGUGGACUUCAUGCAGGCAGUAAGAAUUGAAUCCUUUCAGAUAAACCUGUCCGGUUUUGUUACCUGGUUCAAGAUUCUUUCAGUGGUAGGAGGUUUGGCCUUUGUGAUAACUCUUGGAUUGGCUUAGUCUUUUUCCUCUGCAGAGUCUAUCUCUAGCUGAACCUCUAGAAGAAGCUUGACUUGGCAGAUGGCCCUAAAUUUCAAGAGUUGGGACCCCGGCCGGUGGUCAGAGAUGGCUUCCGCCAAGCACAGAUGGCCAGUGAGCAGGGAAGACUUGAUUUGUCUUGCUCUUGGGAACGUUCAGUCCCCAGGAUCGUCGGUGCUUUAAACUGUCCCAGCCACAUAGGUGGGAUUUAAGCUAGAGAAAGGAGGGUUGUUUGCCCUUCGGGGGCUGUUUGGUGACUCCCCCUUAUUAGUUUUUUGCUUUUACCCUCUAUUCCUUCUGUGUAGGGAGGAAAUUGAAAGAAAUAUGAUUAAGCUAUAAUCUAAAACAAGGAAGCACCCCAAGAGUCCCCCUGUGACUCCCAAAAGCACUGAAGACACCCCUAGCCCCUCCCCCAGGUGUCCUCCUGCUGAUGGUGGCCAUCUGGCUACCAGUCGUGCUGAGCUCUGGCGGCUGCGCUGACCCAUUACGUGGUGAGGUUUCCCUUCACUCUGAUGCUCCCCUCCUCCCCCAUUGUCCUCUGUGGACCAUAGUGCAGGAAUCAGGGGAAGAACAGAGGCAGCCAGACCUACUGGAUCCUCUGUCUUUCCCGAGACACCCCCUUCCCCUCCCCUUCUCCAGGAAGAUGAGGCAGAGCAGGUUGAAUCCUUUGGAAAUCUCCAUGGCUCUUCCUCAGGGACCCUUACACGGAGCAGAAACAGUCUCUGGACUUGGCCUGCUGGAAAUGCCCAGCACUGUGACAAGAUACGAGUCCUGUGAGUGACACACCCCUUAAGUGACAGUCCCUGCUCAGAAUGUUCAAAAACCUGCAGUUAAUAGUGGGAGCUCACAAUGAUACUUACAUCACAGUUGUUGACUUUUUGGGUCGUCAACUGUCAGUCUCUGGGCCUAGGGGUCGAAAACCCUCAGGCUGCAGUUUCAGAGCUUUUUCAGAGACCAUUCCAGGAACGCCAAAAUCUAGCAAUCAUUGGCUUGCAUUGUGGGCCUAAUGAGUGCCAAGCACGCAGGAGCGAACAACAACAAAAAAUAAGAACCAUUCCCUGUCUGUUAGGAGCCUACGACCCGAUGGCGUUGGCUGAUAUUUCUCCUGCGGUCAAGGGGAAAGAGGGCUGUAAUGAAUUCCUAAAUGCAAAAGAAGGGAGGGGAGCCCUCCCUAAGUGCUAAAGGCUGUGGGGAGAGAAGCCGCAGGUGCUAAGUUCAGACCAAGUCGGUUCCAUUGCGUGCAAUCCCCUGGGAGAGAAAAACCUUGCUAGCCCUGCUUAUCCCCGCCAACCUUCCUUUACCCCCAUGAUCCUUUGGCUCUGGGUUGCUCCCAGCCCAAUUAGCCUGUGCUCUUUAUGUUCAUUAAUCUCCCUGGCUUCAGUUGCUCAGUGUUUGUGGUUUUUAACAAAGUUCUGUAAAUAGUUUCUCUUUUUCAUCUGCUGCAUGUACACUCUCAUAGCUGAAGUAGAUAUGUCAUAUGCUGGGAGCAUCUAAUCUCUUUGAUCUCCAGAGCACAAACACCUAUAUUGCUCCAGGGCUGAAAUUUCUUUGUACUCUGCAACCCCUCCCUCUGAAUCCCAGUUUGGCUUCCAUAAGUUGCUUUUCUUAAGACUCAGCAACCCUCCGUGCCACCCACUUUAUCCGUCAUCGCUUGUCAUUCACCCGGGGCUGGUGGGUGGGGUGGAGUGCUGCUUCUUGGCUCCGUUGAUAGCCAGGGAUUUUGGUGGAGGGAAAUUGCUCAGGUGCCAGAUAUGCGUAUCUCUAAUGGCUCGUACAUGAGACUCACAUCUGAGGAGGCAGCAUUGAGCCUGAUUUGAGCAAAAGUCUGCCCGGUCAGGAAUUUCCAAGCCCCCCUCACCUUAGCCCAAAUCUUACCCCAAGACCCCAACAUCAGAGUGGCAUGAGGCUCGAGAGGUGCCGCUGCACAAGUGUGACACUCUUGCAUGUCCUGACAGACUCCUGAGUCCCAGUGUCUUAUUGGAACGACAGUCACUAGAACUGACAGGGACACACAGAAGCAGGGACACACAUAGUUGGGGAAGGGCAGCAGCUUGGCUACUGCCCCAUUGGGCAUCAUGACCAAGAAGGUCCCUAAGAGAGGAGCUUCAGGGACCAGGGGGUGGUGUUUGAAAGUGUCCAGGUUUAGCUUUGUCUUGCCCCAAUCGCUCAUGGCAAGUCAGUGUACGAACGAGUAGUCACUGAGGAUUUGGGGAUCUGUAUGCUGUUGGGGUUCUCUUGCCUAGUAAGGUCAGGAACAUUAAACCCAGGCUUCCAAAUCAGGAGUAGGUAUGACUAAACUGAGCCAACAGUGACCCAAAUGUUACCAGGGGACCUGAAGAAGAACAUGAGCUCUGGAGCCACCUCUUUUUCCCCCAAACCGUUGGCUUUAGGACUGCACCAGGCCGAGCUAUUGAGGUUUUUGAAAAGAGAGGGAAUGGAGGAGGGGAGGGCAUGUGAGAAGCCCAAUGGUAGGUCUCACCUGGUCUGCUUCUGUGUAUGGAAGGGCACAAAGCUUGGGUGGCCGGUCCCUUCCUGUGGAGGACAUGUGCCUGGCGAUAGUUGAGAGUCAAGUCUGACUGCUCUCUUGGGGCUUCUGGGAAAGGCCAACCCAACCAGGUAGGUAGAGUCCAGGGAGAGAAGGGACAAGUUCUUGAAUUGCGCUUUGUCGAAGUUUUUUGCACUUUAAGAUGGGCAUUGGAGUGCCUUCUCAUGACCCUUUUCACUGAUCGGGGACCAGGGGGAGUCCACACCUGUAUGGGUGCUGUUAAGAAUGGGUUCACGGGCAAAGGUCUGCUUCCUCCCACUGGUGGGAGGGAUCACUGAAGAAAUAAGCCAGUCAUGGUUCAAGGAGCUCCAAGAUGGAAAGAUUGACAAUAGUGAUAUAGCUCCCCUGCCCCACCUUCCUCCUCCAACUCUCUGCCUCCAGCUUCUUCCUGCCCACAAGGUAGACAAAGAUUACAAUGCUAUCACUGAAGUGGAUCAGGAAGCACUGGAGGGAUGGGGGAAAAUGGAGAUAGAAGUGUGAUAGGGAAAUCACUAAUUAGGCUAAAUAAGCAGAAAAUGUGCUGGGAUUGAAGGCCCGUGGCCAUUACAUCGUGUCAUCUAGUAACUUGUUGAUCUUUCCCAAACCCUUGGGUUUUAUUGAACACCAGAAAAUGUUGGUCAUGAAAUCCUAGCUGCUUAGGUCUUUUCCUAUUUUUCCAUUCCAAAUCCUAGGAUGUAAAUGUGACAGGAAAAGAUUGUUGCUCUGUCCAUAUUUGGUACUGUGGUUUCUCUUAGGUUUCCAAAGCCGUUUUGCUCUCUCUGCACAUCCACACGUAUCAUCUUGUCUCUGCUGGACCUAAAUCUUGUUGUGGUCAUCUCCAGGCCUUACUUUUUCAUGGCCCGAGUGUAACUGUUAAAGGAUUGAUGUGUUCUGUAUCACAGUUGUGCAAUUUUGUGAUCCAUGGUGUGAUUAUUUGCAAACUAAUGUCCUGAAUUGAGUAAAUCUCAAGGUUGGAGAAGGUUGUGAUAGAAUCUAAGAUGUUGCUGUUUUUGUUGGGGGGUUGGGAAUAAAACAAUAUCGUUUUGGACUGUCAGAAGGGGAAAAAAUAAAAUAAAUUAUCUCAAACAACAAACCA